CAAGGCCGAAUGAUCAAAAGCCUCUGGUCAAUUCACCAGGGUGGCCACUUUGGACGAAGUUCAGCUGCCAGCUUCGAUAUCUGGACAGACCCAAAAACGACGAACCGAAUUGUGAAUCAAAUUCCUGUGGAUCCUCCUCCUCCUCCUGCUCCUCUUUCUCCCUUUCGAGAAUGGAUUCUUAGUACGGUGGGCGUGACUGGUCUGUGGCAGAUUCUGCCCCCGGGAUCCUUGGGUUGGGCGUAGGACGUCCUCAAGUGCUCCUCUGUGUUCUCUGAUAUUGUGAUUGAGGUCGUGGGCGGAUCCGAGUGUGCGUUGGUCUGUGGCCCACCCAUCAUGUCCGGUAUGGGUUUGUCGUUUAGUGAGUUGUGUUGUCUGUUCUGCUGCCCACCCUGCCCGUCGAAGAUUGCCGCCAAAUUGGCCUUCCUGCCCCCAGAAAAGACCUAUGAUAUCGCCGAGGAGCCCGAGGAACCAGGCAAGUUCAAGCUGGUCCUCAACGACAAGGCUGAAUGGCAAUACUCUGAACGCGAGAAAGAAAACAUCGAGGUGUCCUUCACGCGAACCACCCGUGGAAGUAGGAUCGCCACCAUGUUUGUCCGGUGCUCGCCUAACGCCAGAUUCACACUCCUUCACUCGCAUGGCAAUGCCGUGGAUCUAGGGCAGAUGAGCAGUUUCUACAUGGGCUUAGGAUCUCGGAUCAAUUGCAAUAUCUUCAGUUACGACUACAGCGGUUACGGGGCUAGCAGUGGUAAACCUUCGGAGAAGAACCUCUACGCUGAUAUUGACGCUGCUUGGAAUUUCCUCCGAACGAAAUACGGGAUAUCGCCUGAAAAUAUCAUUCUUUACGGGCAGAGCAUCGGGACUGUGCCAACCGUGGACCUGGCCUCGCGUUACGAGGUGGGGGCCGUGGUUCUGCACUCAGCCCUGAUGUCUGGAAUGCGGGUGGCGUUUCCUCAAACCAAACGCACGUGGUUUUUCGACGCAUUUCCUAGUAUUGAUAAGGUGUCUCGGGUGUCAUCACCGGUGUUGGUCAUCCACGGAACGGAAGAUGAAGUGAUAGAUUUCUCACAUGGCUUGGCAAUCUACGAGAAGUGCCCUCGAGCCGUGGAUCCAUUGUGGGUGGAGGGUGCGGGUCACAAUGACGUGGAGCUUUACAAUCAAUAUUUGGACCGUUUGCGCCAUUUUGUGGCCCAAGAGCUGACCAACUGACGAUUAGCCCAUGACCUUCCGCCGAGCGGCGCAGGCGGAGGGUCAUCCGGCGCAACCAACACCACCGAUUCACCCAUCCUCUCACUGGCCAAGACCGCUAAAAACGGUCGAUUGAUUCAGCCCUCUAAAGACGGAGGAGAAGCUCUAAGGGUGAGCGGCAAUGUCAAAAAGGGAAGUCCCGAGGAGACUUCGUCCUCUUCCCACACGACCGCCACGACCGCCACAACCUCGGGCGAGAACGUGUCCGAGAAGCUUCUCUAAAUCAACCAAAUCCACUGUUGUUUACGUACAUAUUAUUAGCCUCCCCACGUGAAUAUCACUAUAUUUAAGUGUC